AUGGCGUCUCCUCGGACAUUCGCUCUGCUCCUCUCAAUCCUAACCAUCGGCGUUACAGCUCUGGGUUCGACAUCGCCAUGUACGGCGCUGACCAAACCGAUCAUCGACGGAGCAAGUGUGCUCUCGAUCCAGUCGCGACAUCUCCCAAACGCGACGGUGCUGGCCAACCCUCCCCUUCUCAACACCAACUUCACCGGACUGGACGUCUGCAGUGUCGAUCUGGUCAUCUCGCACCCCGGCGCGGGCGACAAGGUCAAGAUAAAAGUGUGGUUGCCGUCGUCCAGGAGUGCAUGGAAUGGCCGCUUCGUGGGGACGGGAGGGUCGGGAUAUGCGGCGGGAUUCUUCGAGUACAGUCUGGCUCCGGUGGUGGCGCUCGACUAUGCCGCCGCAUCCACCGAUGCAGGUCUCUCGGGGGACCCCUACAGUCCGGCUCUGUGGGCUCUCCGUGCCAACGGCACCGUGAACGAGGAUCUCUUGCUCAACUUCGCCUCGAGGUCCGUGCACGACAUGGCCGUCGCGGGCAAGGCGAUUGCAGCGCAAUAUUACGGGAGAGAGCCGGCCCACUCGUAUUGGAAUGGCUGUUCGACGGGUGGGAGACAGGGCUUGGUCGCAGCACAAAAGCAUCCCCAGGAUUUCGACGGUAUCGUAGCUGGCGCACCAGCCAUCGACUGGGCCAGGUAUGUCGUCGCUGAACAAUGGCCGCAGGUGGUCAUGAAAGAGGAGGAGACCUAUAUCAGUCAGUGUGUCCUCAGAGCUUUCACCGAGGCGAGCACUGCUGCUUGUGACGCUCUGGAUGCAGUGACCGACGGUAUCAUAACAGAUUUGCAAGACUGCAAGUUUGACCCGUUGACAUUGGUAGGGCGAAGUGUGCAGUGUGAAGGGGGUAACGAGAACAUCACCGAGAGAAUGGCCAGUGUUGUCGCCAAAAUCCUAACAGGGCCCCAAGGACCGGCCAUCUCCCAUCGCUAUGCCCUCAACCCUGGAGCAGCACUGGACAGUCUGGCCAAUACGACCAUCGUCAACGGAACUCGAGUUGGUCUACCGUUUUUUGUGAAUGAUGCCUGGAUCAAAUACUUUGUCAAGAAAGACCCGGAUUUUGACACGAGCACCAUCGGAUACUCGGCAUUUGAGACCAUCUUCAAUCAAUCCCAGCGAGAAUUCGGUCAAGUGAUAGGCUCGGAUCAGCCAGAUCUUUCUACAUUCCAUUCUGCCGGGGGGAAGGUGAUUGUGUGGCACGGCCUGGCCGACCAACUGAUAUUUCCCCAAGACACGAUUGCCUACCAUAAGAAAGUCACCCGGACCCUGGGGAACGCGUCCACAGUGGCCGAGUUCUAUCGCACGUUCCUUGCCCCCGGUGUCGAUCACUGCGGUGCAGGCCCGGCCCCUGGAGCAGUUCCGGUUGAUCCGCUCUCGGCGGUUGUGGCGUGGGUUGAGGAGCAGAAGACGCCCGAUGUGCUGGAGGCUCGCAAGAUCAGAGAUGAUGGGACGGUCAUGACGAGGAACUUGUGUCCUUUUCCCGCCACGUCGCAAUAUCGAGGUGCAGGCGACAAGAGCCUGGCAGGAAGCUAUAUCUGUGCUUGA